UUAUCAGGUAUAGGGAGAGCGGAAGCUCCAACUAGGCAUGAUGAUCUCAUUAUCCCACAUUAUCCCACCUACUACCUGCCAAGUGGAGAUGCUAUGGUGACCAGAGGGACAUUUUUAGUCUCUGAGAGUGAGCCUGGCCCUGUCUACGAGCUCAUCCAAGAGUAGAGAAGACUUAGCCCCCAGGCCAGGUUUGAACAGACUGGUGGGGGCAGGGGAGAAUAAAACUGUGUUCUGGUUGUACCCCACCCACCCUGCUCUUUAACGAUGCUGGCCAGCCACACCUCCCUCCACCCAAUGAAAGCCCACACUUCUAACCUCUCCCCUUCCUGUGUUCACAUCACCUUGGACCCUCACCUCCUUCAGAGAUGGUCCAUUAGCUGCUCAUCCAGGCUGUGAGUGCUUCAGGCUAAUGGCCCUGCCACCCCGCCCUUCUCUCCCUUCCGCCUCACUGCCCAUCGUGGCCACCCUCCCUCGGGGGACUCCUGAGCCUCAGACAUCUGGCAGCACCAGGAGAGGCUCGGGAAUCAGGAGGUCCUGUCUCUCCUGGGACCUGCCCACCUGUGUUCCAUCUCCCCCCUGUUACCAGCGAUCGCAUGCUCCAUUCUAAGGGGGCACGUGGUGGAGAGAAAACAGAGGGCUGACAGCAAGGGGUCCCUGCUUGAAUCCAGGCUUGACUGCUAAAGAGCUGCCACCUCUCCCUAUGGGGCAUCCAUCUGUCCACCGAUCUCACUAGACGGCUUCUCGCGCCUUGAGCGGUGCUGAGACGAGUCUGUGACUCCAGGAGCCCCCGUUCCCCGGUCCCAGGAGAUCUGAGAUCAGGGAGUGAGUAGGGUGCACGAGGGGCCCCAUGGACCUGCCCCCGCAGCUCUCCUUCGCCCUCUAUGUGGCCGCCUUCGUGCUGGGCUUUCCACUCAACACCCUGGCUGUCGCGGGCGCCGUGUCCCACGCCCGGCUGCGCCUUACCCCCAGCCUGGUCUAUGCCCUCCACCUGGGCUGCUCUGAUCUCCUGCUGGCGACCUCUCUGCCCCUGAAGGCAGUGGAGGCCCUGGCUGGGGGCGCCUGGCCCCUGCCAGCCCCACUCUGUCCUGCCUUCGCCCUGGUCCACUUCGCUCCCCUCUAUGCGGGCGGGGGCUUCCUGGCCGCCCUGAGUGUCGGCCGCUACCUCGGAGCUGCCUUCCCUUUGGGCUACCAAGCUGCCCGGAGGCCGCUCUACUCCUGGGGCGUGUGUGUGGCCAUAUGGGCCAUCGUCCUCUGUCACCUGGGGCUGGUCUUUGGGCUGGAGGCCCCGGGGGGCUGGCUGGACAAUUCCACCAGCUCCCUGGGCAUCAGCACACCAGUCAAUGGCUCUCCGGUCUGCCUGGAGGCCUGGGACCCAGCAUCGGCGGGCCCUGCUCGCUUCAGCCUCUCGCUCCUGCUCUUCUUUCUGCCCCUGGUCAUCACGGCCUUCUGCUACGUGGGCUGCCUCCGGGCGCUGGCCCGCUCGGGCCUGAGCCACAGGCGGAAGCUAAAGGCAGCCUGGGUGGCUGGCGGGGCCCUGCUCACGCUGUUGCUCUGCUUAGGACCCUACAACGCCUCCAACGUGGCUGGCUUCCUGCACCCCGAAAUCGGAGGCCAGUGGCGGCCGCUGGGGCUCAUCACAGGUGCUUGGAGCGUGGUGCUCAACCCUUUGGUGACUGGCUACUUGGGAGGGCGCCCUGGCCAGGGGACAGUCUGUGUGGCAAAAACAAACACAGGGGCAUCCCAGAAGUAG